AUGAGCCAGAACAAAGAAGCCAGCUGGUUCAUGAGGAUAGUGGGUUACGUAGCAAGUUUGUCGCCAGAACAGUCAACUCCUCGGACGGCGAAAGCGCAGGGGCGCGACGCUUGGUUACGGACGGAUGCUUAUUUACUGCACGAGAACCAAGACUUUGAAAGUCUCGAUCCACAGCACCAAGCCAAUGCAUUACGCAGGCUCAAUGAUUGCGUUCAGGUCAAACAGAACCAGGAUGCCAACUUUAACUUUAACCAAAAGGCAGCGUACCCGAACCUCGAAGCGGCCAAUCGAAUCCUACAACAGGAAGAUGGACUGGGAGGCCAACCGAUGAACGCAGCAAUUAGUUUAAGCAAACGAAAGCGAGACCAGGAUCCUCUCCUCGAGGAGUUCCAAAAUAUGGAUAUGCUCACAAAGAAACGCCGGAUAAUUGCUCGAGACAGUCCUGACGCCGUUGAUGAUGCCAAUGCGCCCGAAGCAGACUUUGCGAUCCGGGCGAGAAAACAGUCCAUGUCGCUUUAUCAGGGGCUGCGAACACACUGGACGUGUGUCUGCCAGAAAUGCUCGCGCUUGAGCGUCAGACUGUCGUUGCCCCCGCCAAGUAAAAGCUCGCCAUUGGAGACAUCAUUCGAAGUCUUUUUUGGCGUGAAAUCACUGCUACAGGUCUCACUGCAGGAAGCAAAGAUCACGAUCAAGGACGAGGCAGCCGACAUGCAUGGGCACAAAUCAGAGAUCACGUCUAAUCAACAAACUUGCUUGCAUCUCAAGUUUGAGAAUGGAAUGUUCAAGAGGCUUCGUCCACAGCCAAAGGUCUUUGGGGAUCCUCACCAUCCGCAGAUGGUGUCACUAUCUGCUCUAUUCAAACGCCAACAGGAGCUGACCGGAGGGACCUCGGUUUUGCCACACAGGGGAAAACGAAUACUUGCUGUUGUCCUUGCAACGGCGCUGCUUCCCUUCCUUGAAACACCCUGGGUGCAACCGACCUUUAACCAUUCCAACAUUCAGUUCUUCCAGCCACUGGAGGAAGACAGCCUGCCAGACAUUACAAAACCUUUUCUGGAUAUGAAACGAGUCCCUGUUGCCAUGCCAAAUAGAGAAGUGGCGAGGGAACAUGAAGCCGAGAUGGAGACUGCUAAGCAUAUGGUUCAUCCUAACGCUAGCGUGCUCGCGCUUGGUAUCUUGUUGUGCGAGCUUCAUUAUUGCAAACCUAUAGAAGCUUGGCAAGACGACCCAGACGCUAGUCAGACUGUCAACAGCGCCUACUAUACCAGUUUAGAAGUCCUUAAAGACCUCGAAGUCGAUGCUGGGAUGGACUACUACCUUGCCACAAAAGCAUGCCUUCAAUGGGAAUACCUACCCGCUGGAGAGUAUACAACAUUUGAAUCCGCCAGCGUCCAGAAGUUGUUCUACCAGAACGUCGUGAAGAGACUCGAAUCCGAGAUUCUCAACACAUGGCUGAAAGGUUUAGAAAAUUUGCAGAGCUUAAGUGCUCAAGAAAACAAGCGUUGUUGGGGCAGAAAUGGCUGCGAGGUCAUCCGACAACAUACGGCUAGGCGCGAGUCAGUUACCAGAGCUGCUUCAGAACCCUCCGUGAUCUUACCGUCUCCAGAUCUGCAAACGACAGCUAGAAGGUACAGCACAGUGCCGACUCCCGGCUUGCCUCGCUACUACAUACCUAUAGAAGCUUCUCAAAGCUUACAAUUCUUUGAUGCAAACCAUCAGAUGGCCUCUGAGCAAGGGAAACCAUUAUCAGAUCGUUGGAUGAGUAAAAUUACGACGUCUAUCUAUCAGUAUAUUGAUGACUAUGAGAAGGUUAUGCCGUCUGGAAGGACACAACUCGCUGCGUUUGGCGUCGAUGGCCCGGUACGCAUAGCAAUAUUGGACUCUGGUUUUGACACUGAGCAUCCGCUCUUUAAGACGGGCGAAGGAAAGUUUGAUCCGCGGUUAAAGGGAUUCCGGAACUUUGUUGCCGGACAGAAUGAGGAAGAGCACCAGGAUGAAAUCGGACAUGGCGCUCAUGCCCUUGGUCUCCUCCUUAAGGUUGCCACGUGUGCUGAGAUUUAUAUAGCCAGAAUCGCAAACCAAGCAACGCUAGGUCGCGAUAGCUAUAGCGCCAUCUCAAAGGCUAUUAACCACGCCGUAUCUGUGUGGAACGUGGAUGUUAUCUCCAUGUCGUUCGGAAUCCGAGAAUUUGAUGAGGAAAUGAGAAAUGCGAUAGGUUAUGCACGGGAGAAGAACACACUUAUGUUCGCAGCGGCGUCAAAUGACGGGCUAAAUCACGGUCGAGCUUUCCCAGCCAAAGAUAGUAGGGUCUUUUGCAUACAUUCAUCCAAUGGACUGGGGGCCCCUUCCGGCUUCAAUCCGAUGGCUGAAGAAGAUGAUGUUAAUUUAUGUCUGCUUGGGGAGGAUGUUGAGUCGUACUGGCCGGUCAGUAUGAAUGCCCAGUACCAAGGCAUGCGUGUCAUGUCCGGGACGUCGGUGGCAACGCCUAUCGCUGCUGGGAUCGCCGCUUCGCUCCUCUCUUUUGUGAGGCAGCAAGAGCAGGAUUCGCCGACUGAUACCAACCGACUAGGCAAGUCGCUGAAGGAUUUUGACACCAUGAAGGCUGUGCUUAAGAGCACAACGCAAGGCAGGGGACGCGAUGAUUACGACUACAUCCUACCAGACUUUCUAUCCAACAUGGGAUCAUCAAAGGAGGAGAUCUAUUUCAGAAUCAAGUACAUCAGAGACCGCAUGUGA